GGCAGCAGGGUAUUCAUUGCAAUGUCAUCUCCUCCACACCUUGGAGGUGCCCAGGCCAGCAUCCCGGGUAUGGAUGGUCAGCAAGGGGAGUCCACUGUAGCCUUUAGCCCUGAGCAGAUGGGAGGACUAAUGGGCUCGUCAGUGGAAGGGCUCGGAGGCCUGGAGGGAGUGGCGGCCCACCCAGGCUUCGAGGCAGCCGCUCUCGCUGCUUUCGCUCAACUGAACAAUCCAGCCCAAGGCUCAUCGCCCCUCCCUCCUGAAAUGCUGGAUGAGUCCCUGCAGGGUUCACUUUCGAAGAAGCGCGGAAGGCCGAAGGGUGCCAAAAAAGGGACCGGCAGGGGGCGCGAAAGCAAGGGUGUGGGGGCUGGCAAAAAGGCCUGUUCCGAAUGCGGCACCAUCAAUCCAUGUCGUCAAAUGCAGUGUACUGAAUGUGGCCAUGAAAUGACUCCUAAGGGAACUACGAAAAGAAGGCGUAAAGUGUCCGUGGCAUCUGUCAUAGGCGAUCUAUCAGUAAGCCCUCUGGCAGUUGUGCCUCCACUCGGGGAUUCGGUUACUACGCUAGCAGUGAGAGGGAAGGAGGCGCCUCCACCUGGCUACAGGGCCUGCGAUGCAUGCGGCGGCCUUCAACCAUCAGCUCGGAAGAUCUGCGCUAAUUGCGGAGCUCCCAUCAUACCCAAGUCCAUGACUUCCCGGUAUUGGACGGCCCUCAGGAGCGCGCGCCCCAAGCUUCCGGAGCCAUUCCCUCACCCUCCGGACAUUUUCCCUUCAUGGAACUCUGGCAGCGGUGCCUUUGAGGAUAUCACUACAGAGGAUAUCGCGAAUGCCGCCACCAAGGCGAUUGACAGUAGCGAACCUCUCGAGAUUGUAUUCGAGCACGUGCCUGAUCCCUCCGCCCCCGACACGGCGGAGGUUCGUCCAGGGGAGGCGAUGUGGGUUAGUGGUCAGGGAUGGAUCAUAAAUGCAGGCCGGUCGCAAGAAUUGAUGUCGUUGUCUCCAUCCUACAAGAGCAGGCCGAUGGUCGCGGCUCUGGCGUCUCGAACGGAAUCCAUUAUAGAAUUGUGGCCCUUGGAGAAGGAUAAGGUGCAGAAGGUCAGGCGGCUGAUCGUAGGUGGCGAUGUCGCAGACUUCCACUGGGUGGAGUUCAGUGCUACUUCGUCGAGGAUUGGUACGAAGAUUUUGAGUUGCUCCGUUCGCAGAGAAGUGACUAGGUAUCCUAUGCGUGUUGUUCUGUGA